CGUGACAGGUGCUUUGAUCUACUUCAGUUCAAUAUUUGCAACCUAUGUCAACGGUUUAAAAAUGGCAUUUCGUGUCGAAUCCGAGAGGGAUUAUGGAGUUUUGUUGAAACAUUUAAUUGCCGGUGGAGUAGCUGGAAUGUGUUCAAAAACAACAGUGGCUCCAUUAGAUAGAAUAAAAAUAUUAUUGCAAGCACAUAGUAAACACUAUAAACACUUAGGUGUUCUUUCUGGAUUGAAAGAAGUUGUCCAACGUGAACGAUUUUUUGCUCUUUACAAAGGAAAUUUUGCUCAAAUGAUCAGAAUUUUUCCUUAUGCUGCAACACAAUAUACUACAUUUGAAUUAUAUAAAAAGUAUUUAGGUGGCUUAUUUGGAAAGCAUACCCAUAUAGAUAAAUUCCUGGCUGGAUCUGCAGCUGGUGUUACAGCAGUUACAUUAACAUAUCCACUUGACAUUAUUAGAGCCAGGCUUGCAUUCCAAGUUACUGGAGAACAUCUUUACAUAGGAAUUAUACAUGCAGGCAUCACAAUUUUUAAAAAGGAAGGUGGUAUUCGAGCAUUGUACAGGGGGUUUUGGCCAACUAUUUUUGGCAUGAUUCCAUAUGCAGGAUUUUCAUUUUAUUCAUUUGAGAAGCUUAAAUAUUUAUGCAUGAAAUAUGCACCGAAUUAUUUUUGUGAAAAAUGUGAUAGAAAUACUGGUGGUUUAGUUUUAUCUAUACCAGCAAAAUUAUUAUGUGGUGGUAUUGCAGGUGCUAUUGCUCAAAGUUUUUCUUAUCCACUAGAUGUUACUAGGAGACGUAUGCAGUUAGCUAUGAUGAGUGAAGCUACACACAAAUAUAGUUCGGGUAUGUUACAAACUAUGAAAAUGAUAUACAGAGAAAAUGGUAUCAUGGUAGGUCUGUAUCGUGGAAUGAGUAUCAAUUAUGUACGAGCUAUUCCUAUGAUAUCAGUUAGUUUUACAACUUAUGAAAUUAUGAAACAAAUACUUCAAUUAGAUACAGGGAUGAAACUAUAA